UUCUCCUCUUUUCCAAAACCCUAACCCUAACCCUAAUUGUUGGAUUGAUACAGGAAUGGCUGCCUCAUCGUCUUCAAUGUCCUCGUCGUUUUCGUCUCUCUUCUCUCGCUGCUCCGUCAGCCAUAGAACUCUGCUGCCCAAUGACUCUGCCUCUCGAAUCUACGCUCCUAAUAGCGUCAAAUGUGGUAUGCCGGAACCAAUUAAAUACGGAAAUGGGAAGGCAAUCAUUCCGAUUGUUAACGAACCAACACUGCCUAAGUUCUUGGAAUCGGCACGCUUGGAGAAAUCGGUGAACAGAGAUAGUUCCCGGCUCAAACUGUUUUCUGGAACAGCAAAUCCUGCUCUCUCUCAGGAAAUUGCUUGGUACAUGGGAUUGGAGCUUGGUAAGAUCAACAUAAAGCGAUUUGCUGAUGGUGAAGUUUAUGUUCAAUUGGGAGAGAGUGUUAGAGGAUGUGAUGUAUUCUUACUGCAGCCAACCUGCCCUCCUGUAAAUGAGAACUUCAUGGAGCUACAGAUAGUAAUUGAUGCUUGCCGGAGGGCAUCGGCCAAAAACAUUACUGCAGUAAUUCCAUAUUUUGGAUAUGCCAGAGCUGAUAGAAAGACUCAAGGGCGUGAAUCCAUUGCAGCCAAACUGGUUGCUAACCUCAUAACCAUAGCAGGUGCAGACCGCGUCCUUGCUUGUGACAUUCAUUCUGGGCAGUCAAUAGGUUACUUUGAUAUACCAGUGGAUCAUGUAUAUUGUGAGCCUGUGAUCCUUGAUUAUCUUGCAAGCAAGACAAUUUGUUCAGAUGAUUUGGUAGUGGUGUCCCCUGAUGUUGGGGGAGUUGCAAGAGCACGUGCUUUUGCAAAAAAGUUAUCUGAUGCACCUUUAGCCAUUGUAGACAAAAGGCGUCACGGACAUAAUGUUGCUGAGGUGAUGAACCUGAUUGGCGAUGUAAAAGGAAAAGUUGCGGUUAUGGUGGAUGAUAUGAUUGACACUGCUGGGACAAUUUCAAAAGGUGCAGCUCUAUUACAUCAGGAGGGGGCAAGAGAAGUCUAUGCUUGCAGUACCCAUGCUGUGUUUAGCCCUCCUGCAAUCGAAAGGUUGUCAAAUGGCCUGUUUCAAGAGGUGAUUGUGACAAACACAAUCCCUGUUGCAGAGAAGAAUUACUUUCCCCAGUUGACGGUCCUUUCAGUAGCAAACCUUUUGGGCGAAACUAUAUGGCGCGUGCAUGAUGAUUGUUCUGUGAGUAGCAUAUUUCAGUGACCGACACCCUUUUGGGCAGAACCAUAUGGCGCAUGGACGAUGAUAGGCAUUGCCAGUGACUGACUCCUUUUAAAAUCUAUAUUAUGCUGUUUUCUAUAUUUCGAUCCACAUUGGUUUACCCAUCCAAGGUUUCUGAUUUAUUAGUUCUCCACAGAUUUUUCGGGUGGGGGUGGGGGGAGGAGCUAAUGUCCCCAAGUAGGUCUCAGAAUAUAGGUUGCGUUAAGAAUUGUAAGAGUUGGAAGAUUUGGAAUGGAGUAAUGUAGAAAGAAAUGUCGAUUCCAGGAGAUGGGCUCCUAAAGGACAUCCUGCUUUCAAACCCAAA